UCCCAGUGUCCCCCUCAUUGGCGCCUUUGACAAACAGCCGCACGCUUCUAAAGCUUUGUCCUUUCCCACGCCCAUGGCUCUCCCUUCGCCUUCGCUUCCUGUAUAUACACCCCCCACCCACCGAGCUCUCCUUCCACGGCCACACCGAUCACCAGCUGCGCCCGCCAAUUGUUGCAAGAACCGAGCCCUUUCAGCUGAGCGAAUUGAGUCUCUCUGACCGGGCUGUGUGACAAUGAUCAAGCUGAGGUACUCCAAGAGGCUGUUCAGGAGGAGCUCCUCCAAGGGCAGCACUGACAGCAGUAGCAGUAGCAGCAGCAGCAGCGACGGCGAUGUCGGUGGCCGGAGCGGCGGCGGCGGCAGCGGGGAGAUAGAGUGGGAGGUGAGGCCGGGAGGGAUGCUGGUGCAGAAGAGGGACGGGAGAGGCGGCGUGGAGGUGAUCACCGUCAGGGUGGCCACCGGGUUCUCCUGGCACGAUGUCUCCAUUGGGGCUACCUGCACUUUUGGUGAGCUGAAGACAGUAGUGUCUAUAGUGACAGGGCUGGAGCCCAGGGAGCAGAGGCUGCUGUUCAGGGGCAAGGAGAGAGAGGACAGUGACCACCUCCACAUGGUUGGUGUGAGGGACAAGGACAAGGUGCUGCUCCUUGAAGACCCUGCCCUCAAGGACAUGAAGCUCCGGGCCGCCCUCGCGGCCCGGGCUACCGUCCAAAGCCCGUAUCAGCCUUUUAUCCAAGUCUAGGUCUAGCCCAGUCUGGUCCGGCCCAUCUUAUCGUGCUAACUGCUAGAUUAAUCGUACCAUCAGCUGAUCAAGUCUCUAAAAGCUUAAUUCCUGUCUGGAAUUGACCUGAUGUAUGGUGAUUUUUUACUGUUGCUGUUAAUCAGCAGUGAGUACCAGUCCAUGGGAAGGGCAAAGGGGCCCUCCCAUGUGAGAGCUAGAGUACCUGCCACUUGUUAUGUCUCUAAUUGCGUGAUUUGUGCCAUUUCUAGGUAGUUAAUUUGCGAGUGCUUAGUGUGGUUGUAUGUCAUGCAUUGUGUAUGUGUGCUCCAUUUUCUGCAAGUAGUAGUACCUCUAAUGUGGAAGGGAUCAAUGUUUCAUGCAUGUAAGGAUGCAACUGCGUGCAAUCAACUGAGAUUACUGCUGCAGAUUUUA